CUUGGUGAUCCGUACGCUUUACGCGGCGCUCUUUUUUUUCAGUUUCCCGUUACGGUUUGAAUACGCGUAUUAUUGUCUGUCCCUCCUUGUUGACAAUUUUUUUUUUCGGUGCUACUCUUUCUCUCUUUUCUUUAUCUUAUUCCUACUUGAUACCCGAGAUCUUCUCUCGCUCUUCUUAAACUCCCACUUAUUUCAGCACACUCCUUGAAAUAAAAAGCCAUCAUGGACCAAGUCGUAGUAGAUGCCAUCGCUUUGAACGAUUUGACCAAUUUGAACCGAAGCGAAACUGAGGCAACGGCUCACGCCUGCCAACGGCCGGAGGCCCAGACAUGCGAGGCGAUGGGUCCUGAUUCCCAUGACAAUGUGGAGAAGAAUAGUGUGGUGAUUUCAGAAACAAUGUUCAGCUGUGCUACUCCUCCAAAAACGUUGGCUAUGGAAGAUAGUGAAUUCAUUACUGCUGCCUUUGCGGAAAAGCCCUCCACUGAAGACGACUUUAACAAUGCUCUUCCUUCCCCACCCGAUUCUCUGGAACCACACUCACCCACUUCUCCCGUUGUCGAAAAACCCACAGAUAAACCGACCAUGAUACCACUCAAACGUAUUCCUGACGAGAUCGUGCCAUCAGAAACUUUGCCUCGCGAGAGCUCUCCUCCAAGUAAGAAGUAUAAGCUUCGCAGCAAUACAUCAGUGGCGGAUACCGGUGAAGCUCUGUCUUGUACGUCAACAGAAAGCAAUGUUUCAGAACUCAUAGAUGAAACGGCAUCACCUCGUUCCCACCUUCGUCAAGCGACCCAUAUGGAUCAAAAUCGCGUGCAAUCGUGGCAUACCAAAACUGUACACGAUCCGGCAGAAAUCGAUCCAUCAGCGACAAGAACGCAAUCUGACAACAGGCAACCACCAACGGCUCCAUCUGAAGCCUUCUUACGUCGUAGCUCAAGAAAUACAUCCGUCUCCACAAACCCAGUUAUUCAGUCGUCUGCACAGCCGAUCUCAUCCACCAAGACAACAUCCAUAGAAACGCAAGCCGAAAAAUCUCGUAAGUUAUUAAUAUAGUUUUGGCAUCGAUACUUUUUUUUGCAUCGUCUGUUACAGUAGUCGAUGAGUUCUGGAUUUUUGUGUCAUCUAACAGAGCGCCAUCUCAGGCAACGACAUCGAUUCCAAAACAAGCAUCCAACAAACCAAGAAACCUGCUGCAUCAAAAGAUCAAGAUAAAUCAGCAGACAAGCAGCGUGAAAGCAAGCCAAUC